UCAGGCUUCUGGAAUCAUGGCAAAUGGCGCCCUGGAGAUCGUGGGAAUGUGCGUGAGCCUGAUCGGCCUCAUCGGGGUGGCGGCCAGCACUGGGAUGCCGAUGUGGCGGGUGACGGCAUUCAUCGGGGAGAACAUCAUUGUGAUGGAGACCCGGUACGAGGGCUUGUGGAUGAACUGCUUCCGGCAGGCCAACAUUCGGAUGCAGUGUAAGGUGUACGACUCCUUGCUGGCACUGUCCCCGGACCUCCAGGCCGCCCGGGGGCUCAUGUGCUGCUCCGUGGCGUUGACCGGGCUGGGUCUACUAAUUUCCAUCGCUGGGAUGAAGUGCACGGCAUGCAUCCAAGGAAACGACCGCGCCAAGCGGAUGGUUCUAAUCAUCGCUGGCUGCAUGAUCCUACUGGGCUGCUUCUGUUGCCUCAUCCCUGUCUCCUGGACUGGACAUGCCAUCAUCCAGGACUUCUACAACCCUUUGCUCAUCGAUGCCCAGCGUAGAGAACUCGGGGAGGCAUUGUACAUCGGUUGGGUGUCUUCUGCCUUCUUAUUUGCUGGCGGGUGCAUAUUCACCUGCUGUGGCGGCUCCCUGGACAAGGGCCCAGAUCCGAGGUACAAGUACACCAGGAACGCACCCUACGUGGCAUAUCAGCCGCAGCCCUUGGCCUACCACCCCCAGCCACACUCGGUGUACAGCCACCCGUCCGGGCCACCGUCGUUCAUUGAGCAGUCAUACCAACCAUCCAGACAGCAGUCAUUCAUUCAACCUUCCAGACAGCAGUCAUUCGUACAGCCGUCCCGACAUCUAUCCACCCGCAGCGCCGUGGCUUAUCUCUGAAAUCCAGCUGGAUGUUUCACAGGCUUGUGUAUUUGCGUUUGUGUGUGUGUGUGUUAGAGAGAGAUGGUAAGGACGGACUUCUAACCAAAAGGUUUAAAAAAUAUUUGGAAAAAAUGUGAAUGUAAAUUAGUUCUAAAAAAGUAGUAAUUU